CCUCCUUUGCCCCAUCGGCAGCCACCGGGCGCUCUGGGCCGCGAGGCGCGGAGCCGUGAGCGAGCGCGCAGGAGGCGGUGGAGCCUAGCGGAGGCUGCGCGCCCCGUGUGCCCGGCCGGGCCCGCCGCGCCUCCUCCAUCGCCUCCCUGGUGCCUCGCUCGCCCCUUUGCUUUCCUUUGCUUCUUCUGCUCAGCCCCGCCGUGCAGAGAUCACUAGACCUCGUGCGCUCAUCUUGGCAGUGCUGGACACCGGUCUCCCAGACCACCGCCGCCGCCCCUCCCCCGGGACUCGAAGGAAUCCGGACUUUCCUCAUCGUGGAUCGAGCCGACUGCCGGCUAGGCUGAGCGGAUUCUCCGGCCGCUCCGGACGCCACCCGGGCCGGAGCACGGACAUUCUGGGUCCCGACUGAGUGCACCACGGACGCCUGUCAGUGCCAGCUCGGAAAGGGCAAGGCAAGCCAGGGGCAGGACAGACCCCGGAGGGGCCCCAGACCCGCCGAACUGGACUGGACAGAGAGAAUCGAGAACCCUGCGGAGCCCGGGGAAUGCCGGGCGUGGGCUGAGGGGAUCCCGGCGCCCUCCCCAGCCCUCCGACUUUGGCUCAGUCGCCCGGACCGGACCGGCGUCGCCUCGGCCCGGGUCACCUGUGGCCUCGGGGCCCCCGAGCCCACCGGACCGUUGCAACCCGGAGCCUGGCGUGCGUGGUGGGAGAUUUUUCCUGCCCCCUUUCCCGGAGUGCAGAGGCCCCGCCCCCUCCCACCGCCCAGAUGUCUCCGGUCACCGCUCGGAGGACCUUCCUGAGGCCAGGAGCCGAAGGGUCCAGAGAGAGAAGUCCGCCCUAGGGGAGCCUUGGGGGCCCCCCUACCUCGUCUUGGGGCUCGGCCCCCGACGCUGCUUGGAGGAAAGACCGGGUGCCCCCAUCCUCUGGGGCUGCCCUCCUCCAAUCCAGGUCCCUCUCCAGCGCUGUUCACAUCUGGAGCCCCCUCCACAUCUGGAAGACCCUGACCACCACCGUUCCUCUGCAGGUUCGGCUGCAUUUAGAGACCUCUGCCUUUGUAACUGCCUAGGAGUUGCGAGGGGAUUGCUGCCUUCCCCCAUCCCAAGGGCAUCUCUUACCCUAGUCCUUGCAGAAUCAUCCCCCUGCCUCCACACCCAGAUUCAGGCAAAGAUCAGCUUUGUACACCACAGGCUCUUCAAGUCCUGGAAGCUGUUCUUGGGCCCUAAGGUCCCUCCCCUUGCCCUCUUGUGUCCUCACCUUGACCCCCCCCCUUCAGACUCUGUCUCCCUCUGGGUGCUCCAUCCCCCACCCAGAGGCAGAGUAGGUCGAGUGGCAGGCUGCAGGGGCUGGGUGAGGGCCGCCCAAGGCCAGGGUAGGCUGGGGGGCCGUUAAAAUGUGGAGCUCUGCCCGGCCGAGGGAGGCUCCGUGGAGGCAGGCAAAGCGUGUGCCCCGCUGGGGCGAGUAUGGGCAGGCUUGCGGCCACGUGGUGAAGGAUGAACAUUCGGGGUGCCCCAGACCUCGGGCAGCCCAGUGACGACCCCAACAGUGGUGGAGAGAGAGAGCGGAUUCGACAGCGCAUGAAGAUGGUCAUCGGGCAACUUGAAGGCAUCCUGAAGGAACUCAAAGAAGUGGCUAAGGAGCUGAGGGAGGUGGUGAGUCAGAUCGACAAGCUCACCUCUGACUUUGACUUUGAACUGGAGCCAGACGACUGGACCACGGCCACUGUGAGCAGCACCUCCAGCAGUGACAAGGCCGGUGUGGGCGGCCCCUUUGACAUGGGCCACCUGGACUUCAUGACAGCUGAUAUCCUCUCAGACAGCUGGGAGUUCUGUUCCUUCCUGGACGUCUCCACCCCAUCGGACUCCGUGGAUGGCCCUGAGGCACCACGGCCAGGUGCAGGCCCUGACUACCAGCUCAUGAAUGGUGGUUUGCCCAUCCCCAACGGGCCACGAGUAGAGACGCCAGAUUCCUCCAGUGAAGAGGCCUUCAGUGCCGGCCCUGCAAAGGGGCAGGUACCCCAGCGGACCCCAGGGACGAGGGAAAGGGUACGAUUCAGUGACAAAGUGCUGUACCACGCCCUGUGCUGUGACGAUGAAGAGGGGGAUGGGGAGGAGGAGGUAGAGGAGGAGGCAGGCCUGACCCCAGAGCUGCCCCACGUGGAGCCACACACAGGCCCCCUCAAGCCCUCCACAGCCCCCCACAAAACCAGGCGCUCUCCGUUGACUACCCGACGCUUGGGCCCCACGCUGGCUCCAGAACAGACCCGGAGGGUCACAAGGAACAGCAGCACCCAGACAGUAUCAGACAAGAGCACGCAGACAGUGCUGCCCUAUACGGCCACCAAACAGAAAACCAAGGGCAAGAACUAG